CCAAAUUUAUUUAUAAUUUAAUUCCUUUCUUUAUAAUCAUCUCUUUUCUAAAAGUUUUAUUAUUUUUUCUCUUUCUCCUUUACACAAUUUAUUUCAUAACCACUCCAUUUUAUCUAAAUUGUCUUAAUAACUUUCAUAGAAUAAUUAGAAAACCUACGGGAUUCAAAACCCCCAUUUUUUUUUUUAAUAAUAAACAAAAGUAUAUAAAAAAUACCCUCACAUAAAAAGUAAUAUGGACGCCCUUCACUUCAAAAUUGACCAGCUAAAAUCAUUAUGGCAAGAAUAUCGUGUUGUAAAUGAAUAUUCGGGUAAAGACUAUUCAGAUCAAGGAGAGUGGGCUCGAGAAAAACUACAGGGAAUCUUGACAGAGUUUGAUAAACUUAUUCAAGAACAAAUUUUAUGGAAGUCAACUCUUACUGCUGAAAUAGAAGAUGUUCUCUCCGAAAUUGAAGAAUAUUGUCAUAUAUUUGGUCGAAAAGUCGAUAUACUAAUUGAUCAAGCUGCUCUAUUAAAUUAUGAAGUUAAUAAUGCCACGCGUGAUAGACUUAUGAUUAUCCGAAAUUCGUUAAAAGAGGAACAUGAAAUCACGAGACUAAAUGUUAAUAAAUGGUUAGCCGGACUUAAUACCUUUGUUCAAGAACUUGAUGUCGAUUAUAUUGUUCCAUCAGCAGAGGUUUUCGAAAAUGAUUUAAGCACAUCCGUAGUUCGACCGUUAUGGUGUAAAUAUGAUGAAUACGCCCAUGUAGUGGUAGGAUUACGUGGAUCAUUUGAAAAUUCAACUAUUAAACUUCAUUAUUAUUGGGAUAAACUUAACUAUAAACCACAAGAUGAAAUAGACAAAGGUUUAGCUCAAUUAUUUUUAGAUAAAUCUAUUCCAAAUGAACUUUAUGAAUCUUUAAUACAAAAAGAACAAGAUAAUCAAAAUAAGGACAAUGAAAAUAAUAACGAUGAUAGUGAAUCAGAACAAAAAUUAGAUUUAGAAUUAGAUUUAGAGGCACAAGGAUUUGUCUAUUAUAAACCACAACUUCCUGAAGGAUUAAAAUUAAAACCUGAACAACUAGAAAUCUUGAAGAAUAAAUUGACUGAAUUAGGAAAAGUUUAUGAAGAACGUAAAGAAAAGAUGUCUAUGAUGCAACGAAGUAUCCAGAAUCUUUAUGAUGAAUUGGAUAUUCCUGAAGAAGAUAGAAUCAAAUUGACCGACUCACUGGAUCAAGAAUAUAUGGACAAGUUGGAAGUAGAGUUUGAAAGACUUAGAGAAAUCAUGCGUGCCAAGAUUCAAAAAGCUAUUGAAGAAUAUACUGUACAAUUGGGUGAACUUUGGGAUAAAUGUUUGGUUCCUCAAUAUGAACGUGAUGAAUUCUUUUCCAGUUUACGUUCACUCGUAUCUGCUGAAGAAGUUUACGAAUUACUUGCCCAAGAAGUUGAUCGAUUACAAGAUCUUUACAUCAAAUGUGCCAAGAUAUAUAGAUUGAUGUUAGAAAGACGUGCUUUGAUCGAGAAAAUGAUUGAAUUCGAAAAAUCAGCUUCGGAUCCACGUCGUUUAUUCCAACCCUCAUUCCGUCUAUUAGAAGAAGAAAAAUGGCGUAAAUCUUGCUGGCCUAAUUUGGUAAAAAUAGAAGAUCAAUUAAUCAAUGCUUGUAUUGCGUAUGAAGAAGCUGAACGAAAACCUUUUAUGCACGAAAGUAAACGUUACUUGGAUACCUUGCAAUCGGAAAUUUCAGAACGUAUUGUAAAUCAAAUGUUCUUUGGUUUCGAACAAAAUGGUAAUAGUAAGAAGGAUGAAAAAGAGAAAGACAAUUCAAAGGGUCCAGCUAAACGUAGAGAUAGUCAGGCAACUCGAGUAUCGGCAAGUCGACCAGUUUCACCAACAUUUUCUGUGAAUGGAGAUGCUACUAAACGAAGAUCAAUAGCAUCCAGUCGACCAGUAUCUCCCACAAGUGGAACGCGAUCACGUAGAAAUAGUCAAGUCCCUAAAAUGUCUAUUAGUAGAGCAACAUCACCUUCUGGAUUUGGAUCAUCAUCUAAAUCACGAAGGAAUAGUCAAGCAUUGCCACCCAGUCGAUCAAUCUCACCCGCACGUUCAGUUGCUUCAUCACGCGCAACAUCACGCGCAACAUCACGCGCAGUUUCUCCAGCUAGAUCAGAAGUUUCAGGAACUCGCAAGAGGAAUAGCAUGUUAUUGACAAGUCCAAUGGAUUUCACAUCGCAUCCUGGUUUAACUUCCCGAACCACUUCCCGAACUACUUCCCGAACUAAUUCUACAGAUAAUAAAUCCUCGAGUUCACGAAGAACAUCAUUAUAUAUGUCCAACACUUCUACAACGUCUACAACGACUAAAACAAAUGGAACAAAAUCUUCUAAUAAACCAAAUGAAACAAAAUCUUCUAGUAAACCAAAUGAAGACAAGUCUUCACGCCGACAAUCAUUGUAUCUUGGGGAUAACAAAAAAAACAAUAUUACACAAAGAAGUGAUAGCGUAUCUAGUUCUUCAAGUGAAUCUUCAUCCGUUUCAUCUGUUUCUACACCAACUACACCCGAACCAUCACAAAUACCAUAUGUUGUCAAUGGAAGAUUGGGUGUACCUACAUCCACAAAAAUUAAAGUACAAUCAUCAAAUGAAGCUCAAAGUAAAUCAAAUGUUAAAUCAACGUUAAUCCCAUCUAAUUCUCGACCUACUAUGACUAGAAGAUCAAAUACAGCCCCAGCUAAGCCUAGACCAAGAAGUACAAUUGUUAUGUCUAAUGAACCCUCAGCUUUGUUGAAGAAACAAGCAACAAAAAGAAUGUCAAUGAUAAUUGACGGAGGCCAUUAAUUAAAAUUUUUUUAUUUUUUUAUCACAAGGACUUUAUAUUGUAAAUUCUAGACAAUUUUAUUUUGUAUACACAAUUUGGACUAUCAUUAUUUUUUUUUUUUUUUGGUCCAAUUUUCAUUCAUAAAAGAUACCAAUAUGUGUCCCUUAGAUAAACAAUAUGAAUAUUUUAGCUCAUUGUAAAUUUUUAUUUU